AUGUUUCCUUCAACCAACAGAAAUAACCCUUUUGAGUCCUUCCUCAAAGGGUCUUUUACUUAUGAUGAACAAAGCCCUAGUUCCAGUCAAGGACUAGACCCUCCAUUUCUCUUCCACUUCCCUUCACCUUCUUUAGAUGAUCAUGAAUUGCCCUUGAAUCAAAUAUUUCUUCAGCAUCAGAUCAUCAAUGGACAUAAAGUUGUACCUAAUCAGAAUCAGAUAUGCAUGGAUACUACAAACUGGGGGCCAAUAAUCGAUACUAAACUCUCAAAAUUGAACAAAGAAAAAGAAGCUGUCUGGAUUCGUAAACUGGGUACUCCACCAAAAAGUAAGAGAAAUCUUGGAGCAGUACCAAAGAAGAAAACCUGGAAGAAGGACAGGCACAGCAAGAUUUGUACAGCUCAAGGAAUCAGAGAUCGAAGAAUGAGAUUAUCACUUCAAGUUGCGCGCAAAUUUUUUGAUCUCCAAGACAUGUUAGGCUAUGAUAAAGCAAGUAAAACCAUCGAAUGGCUGUUCACCAAAUCGAAGAAGGCGAUCAGGGAGCUCGAGAAAGAUUGUUCCCAAGUGAAGAAGAGUUCCAGUAGUGAUGCAAAGAGUGAGUCUUUUGCAUCUGAGUGCGAAGUGUUAUCAGGAAUAGAGAAUUCAAACAAUGAAUUCAAUGCAGGAUCGAUAGUUGGAGCACAAAACUUAGGAUUAUUAAGUAACCCAUAUGAACACGAUGAUAGAGUAUUGCAAAAACCAGUGUCUAAACCUAGUAGGAGAGAGUCUAGGGAGAAGGCAAGGGCAAGGGCACGAGAAAGAACAAGAGAAAAAAUGCUAAUCAAAAUCCUUAAAGAUUCGACCACCUGUUACGAAGAAAACCCUAAUAGUUUUGAGCAAUUAGGUUGUUCUAGGAGGGAUCCCUUUGAAGCUAUUGAAGAGUUAACUCCACAAUAUGUCGAUUCUUACCCACUUGUUCAUCAGUUAGCAAAUGUUGGCAUAACUGAAAAUUUUCUGGGGGCUGAAAGCUCACUGUCUUGUCCUAUUUCUGAUUAUAAUCAGAGCUAUGAUGUUCUCUCUUGUUGCAUAGAUUCCAGCAACAAUUACAUGGGUUUUCUUGGAUAUACGGAAAUGAGCAGUGACAGAAUCAACCCCGAUAUCUGUGAAAUGACAGAGGCAGCUACAUUUGCAGGUAAUACUAGUUCUCUUCACUAG